AAAUGACAUCAGACUUUGAGAAAACAACUUACACCUGGAAGAUAAAAGAAUUCGACAAUCUUAUAGCGAACAAAUGUGAAAAAUCUUCUCCUAACUUUGCUUCGACAGGUCACUUAGAAAAUGACUGGUCCAUAAUUCUAAAAUGGCAUAAAAACACAAUUCUCUGCACAUAUUGUGCAGCUUGUCACCAACUAGUCUGCGAAGAAUGUAGUCAGCCUCACUUUAAGACAGAUUUCUCCAUCCGCCUCUCUUACAACUUUGCAUCGAAGAUGCCACCGCUGAAAGUCAAAUACAUCCUCCAGAAUCCAGUCACGAAUAAAACUUUGAAAAGAAGAACAGUGUUCUGCGUGCAAGGCUACGCCAACUCUCAGUCAGGAUUCAGACACUUCAUCUCCUUAAAGGAAAUCAAAGGGUAUGUUGUAAAUGACGUCCUCACUAUCACCUGCAUCAUUAAACAAGCGCAAAGAGACGAACUAACCGGUUUAGAAGACUUCAUGAACAAAAGCUCCUUCAGCGAUGUUGAGCUUCACGUCGGAAACAAAAUAUUUUCCUCUCACAAAAUCAUCCUCGCCUCUAAGAGUCCCGUUUUUCGGCAGAUGUUUGCCCAUCAGCUCAAAGAAAAUAUCUCGAACGUGGUUGAGAUAGUCGACAUAGACGCGAAAGUAUUCUACGAAUUUCUGUGGUUCUUCUACGCCGGAAGAGUGAGAAACCUGAAAGAAUACGCUUCUGCACUUUUCGUUGCUGCUGACAAAUACGACAUCAGUAAUCUUAAGACAAUCUGUGAGGUUUAUUUGAAAAAGAACCUCACUAAGAAUAACGUCAUUCACUGUUUGAAACUAGCUGAUGAUCACAAUUCGGAAUUUCUGAAGGAGCAUUGCCUCUCUUUCAUUGGAUGUAACUUCUAUUAUGUUGCUCAAUCGGAAGACUUUAAAACUCUUGUGGAUUCGAAGAUACAUCUGCUGUUGAAGAUCGCUGACGAUUUUUUUGACUCUUGGACCAAGAAAAAAGUCAAAAGCUUGGUGACUCUGGAAGAAGUUUGCUCUUGUGAAAGUGAAGAUUACAAGAACUUUUUGAAUAAGCAAACUUGGAGCGAUGUGGAGAUUCUAAAUAGAGGGAAGAUCUUUCAUGCACAUAAACUGGUUCUUGCAGCGAAAAGUUCUGUGUUUGCAGAUACGCUUUCGGAAGUGGAAGGAACUGUAAAGCUCGAAAUUCAAGACGUCGAUCCAAUUGUUUUUUAUGAAAUGUUGAGGUUCAUUUACACGGGAUCUGUGGAAAAUUUGGACGAUAUAGCAUACGAAUUGCUCUUGGCUGCUGAUAAAUAUCACAUUGAAAAUUUGAAGAGUGUUUGUGAACAUGCUUUGAUGAAAAAAGUAAAUUCGGAAAACGUCAUUUCGAUGCUAAAGGUUGCGGACAAUCGGAAGGGGGAUAAAUUAAAGAAUCGCUGCAUUUUGACUCUUAUAAAAAAAUUAAUCUCGGGUAGUAUUGAAACAUCUGUUUUUCACACCUUGGCCACGUCACAUCCACAUCUUGUUUUGGAAGUUCUAAUCAUGGCGGGGCUAAACUGCGAAGAUGAGUCGGAUUCGGAUUAGAGAUUAUUUAGCUUUAAGUAAGUUACAAU